AAAAAAACCGAAAAAAGAAAAAAUUAAGCAGAAAGCAGAGAAAGAAACAAAGGCAUUAAUAAUUAGUGGGGAAGGAAGAAUGGCUGCAGAACUCUACGAUGCUGUAUCAAAAGGGGAUAUAACAAAAUUUCAAAAACUAGUUGCACAAGAUCCAUAUCUCGUCGAAAGUGCUUCAUUUGCAUGUUCAAGAAAUGUUCUUCACAUAGCAACAAUGCGGGGACAGACAGCCAUGGUGGAAGAGGUGCUGAAUAUGAAUCCGUGGCUUUCUCGGAGUUUAGACUCCCAACAAUCAUCGCCUCUGCACAUAGCAGCAGCACAAGGGCGCUUCGAGAUCUCGAGAAAAUUGUUAUCAGUAGCCCCGGAGACGCGCUGGUGGCGCGACUGUCGCGAUAUGAACCCGGUUCAUAUCGCGGCCGUAAAUGGGCAUGUUGAGAUCUUGGGACACCUCCUUGAAGAGAGUCUUUUGCCUGCAAUGGAGAGGGUGGGUCGCGGGCAGACUGUGUUGCACUUGUGCGUCAAACACGGCCAGCUUACGACAUUGCAGUUUUUGGUGGACAAGUUGUGGGAGCUUGUGGAGGCAGUUGAUGAGGAUGGGGAGACCCUAUUGCAUUUGGCUGUUAGAUCCACUCAACUUGAGAUUCUCAAAUACUUGGUGGAAAGCAAAAAAAUAAGGAGCAAGCCAAAUUCCAUGGGCAUAACACCUUUGCAAAUCUUGAAUCGGAGCCCUCCAGGUACAGCCCACUAUUCGGAAAUGGGGAGAAUCAUAGAUACCUGGUUUGCACCAGUAGUACAUUAUCGUGAAGUCCUGCCCAAGAUGAAUGACGCAGUGAUGGUGGUGGCGGUCCUGAUAGCAACGAUGGCGUUCCAGAACGCCGUCAACCCACCUGGUGGCGUGUGGCAAGACGACGCGUCGUCACACAAGGCCGGAGAUGCUGUGAUAGCAUACACUCAUCCCGCCAUAUACAAAUCUUUGUUAAAAACUAACGACAUGGCAUUCUUCUCAUCCCUCCUCAUAAUCUUCUUCAUCACCUCCGGAAUGACAUCGAAGAGCAUCUAUGCCUUGGGCAGCGCCAUCUUUUGUAUGUUGGUGUCGGUGACGGCUAUUGCACUGAGUUAUAAGGCUUCGGUAGAGGCGACCACUCCGGGAACGAAAUUACCUGUCGCUGGCCGUAUUGUUGCCGGAAUCGGACUUCUCCUCUUCCUUCAAAUCUUUUACAGGAUUGCAAUAUCGAUAUUUUAUUAUGUAAGGGAGAAGAGAAGAAUACGGCGGCAGGAGCUGUUACUGAUCCUACACCCUUACGCAUCCUCCAUCGUGUAUGACAGACUAUUAAUUGUUCACUAUUUCCAAGUGUUUUAUUCAAGGGUUAAUUGCCCCUAAAUACACAAAGUUUCAUCUGGAAUUGCACAUUACCUUUAAAAUCUGCUCUAUGAUACAUCACCUUUCACUAUUU